GUCUUUUUUUGGAUAGGCAACCUAAAAGCAACGUCAUCAUUGAUCAUCAAACCAUCCGCAACAAUUUUGCUGGUAAACUUUAGUUUAAUGCGUAUUGGAACAACGAAAUUCUAGUCAGUACUCAAAGUGAUUGUUGAUUGCAUUCAAGUAUUGUUAGAAAAAACCUAGAUAAAACAAUUUAAUUCGAUAAUGGCGUCUAAAGUAACAUUCAAGAUCACCUUAACAUCAGAUCCGAAACUUCCAUUCAAAGUUUUGAGUGUUCCUGAAAAUACUCCCUUCACAGCAGUAUUAAAAUUCGCCGCUGAAGAAUUUAAAGUGCCCGCAGCUACUUCCGCUAUUAUUACCGAUGAUGGUGUGGGCAUUAACCCUCAGCAGACUGCCGGAAACAUAUUUUUGAAACAUGGAUCCGAGUUGCGUUUAAUUCCUAGAGAUCGUGUAGGUUAUUGUUAGUUAAUAGAUAUUUUUAUAAUAAAUUAAUAACAUUAUUCUAUUAAUAA